AUGUCGCGCUCGACGACGCGACUCGGGCUCACCGGCUCCAUAGGCAUGGGCAAGUCCACCGUCGCCGCCAUGUUUCGCGACCUCGGUGUGGCCGUCAUGGACGCCGACGCGGUCGUGUACGAUUUAUACGCCCCCGACGGCGCCGCCGUCGCCGUCGUGGCCGAGAUGUUCGGUGAUGGCGUCUUAGACGCCGCGACGGGGGCGAUUGACCGCGCGAAGCUCGGGGCGAUCGUCAUCGGGGACGACGCGAAGAUGCGCGCGCUCGAGUCGGCGGUGCACCCGCUGGUGGAACGCGCGAGAGAGGCGUUCGUCGAGGCGCACGCGAACGAUGACGUGGUGGUGUUUGAUAUUCCGUUGUUGUACGAGAAAGAGUACGAGGCGAGCGUGGAUGCGGUGUGCGUGGUGAGCACGGGAGACGAGGCGACGCAGCGGGCGCGCGUGUUGAAACGCGACGGGAUGACGGAGGAGAAGUUUAAUGGGAUCGCGGCGCGUCAGAUCCCGGACGCGGAGAAGAGGGCGAAGGCGGAUUACGUGAUCGAUACGUCGUGCUCGUUGGCGCAGACGCGGGCGCGGGUGGAGGAGAUUUUGAGUCUGGUGAAGUCGUAA